AUGAUUACAACCUCAAGUAUUAGGAGAGCCCUGGUAGCGACAGGUUGGUCCAAAAAGGCAACGCGGCAACGAGCUAAAGAGCAAAACGCAGACUUGAGAGACUACUACCUACACAAUUUAUCGGAAUUUCAGUCGUAUCACCUGAUAUAUGUUGAUGAAUCGGGAUGUGAUAAACGGGUCGGAUUCAGGCGCACCGGUUGGGCACCUCUUGGCAAAGCUCCUCUGCAAGUAACACAGUUCCACCGUGACCAGCGAUAUCAAAUACUACCUGCGUAUACUCAAGAUGGAAUCCUCCUCUCGCGUGUAUUCCGCGGCUCUACAGAUGCUACUGUGUUCGAGGGCUUUAUAGCACAGCUUCUCCAGCAUUGCGGAAGAGCGACUUCUACAAAUGUGUGA